AUGUCCAGUUGGGUUAAAGGAGCCAAAGUAGGUAAAGAAAAUGUCAGAAUCAGAUUAGCCCGAUUCGGAAGAGCCCAUUCUCCAGUUUAUAACAUCGUGGUAUCACCCAAAUGUAAAGCUCGUGAUUCCCUUCCAAUUGAAGUAGUAGGUACAUAUAACCCAAUAGCCAUUCCUGGUCCAUUAGGUAAGAAAGAAAACAAGAAUGUUAAAGAAGUUGAAUUGGAUAUUAUGAGAGCCAAGUAUUGGAUGGGUGUGGGUGCCACCCCAACUGAAAAAGUUGCUUGGUUAUUUAAGAAGGCAGGAUUCUUGCAUGAGGAUUGGCCAAAGCCUAAUAAAUUUACCCAAGUAGUUAAGAAGCCUGUGGUGAAUGAUAUUAAGUACGCCGAAGAAGAGAGGAUUCAAUUAUAUAGGCAUAGAGAUUAA